AUGUCUCCCAAGGGUCCCCGCGGUGGGACUCUGUGCCUCCUGCUCCUCGCAAUGGCAGCCUGCCUGCUGCCGCGCUGCGAAGCCUCGGCAUACCAAGGCUUCCUGAAAAGGCACUUGGACAACCCCAAAUCGAACCUCGGCAACAGCAACGACUACUGCAACCAGAUGAUGACCCGCAAAGGCCUGAAGUGCCAGCGGGGCAACACCUUCAUCCACACCAGCGAAGAGCAACUGAAGUCCAUCUGCAAUUCGAGAGGGCAGAUCCUGCAGGGCAACCAGACCAGCAAGACGCUGUUCCCCAUCACCAUCUGCAGGCGGAGGAGAGGCAUCCGCAGGCUGUUGUGCAGGUACAAGGGGAAGAGCAGGAUCAAGAAGAUCCGGGUCACCUGCGAGAAAGGCCUGCCAGUCCACUUCAUCUCCUAUGUGUAG